GUGUGUGAAAAUAUGCAAAGAUUUGCGUAAGUCGCGAGGCGUAAAAAAUAUUCAAAUUUCAUGUUGGCAUUACUGCACGCAUUCCUAAAUAAUCCAAUGCCAGCACAAGUGUGCAAAUAAUAAGGAGACUCGGCUCAAGAGGCGACGCCAAGCGUCUGCUAAUAGGAUUACGCAUCACCUCCGCCGUUGACAGUUUUAAGGAUUAGCAGGGAAUCCAGGGGAAACCAAAACUUUCAGGCUCUUUCAAAAUGGUGGUGCCGAUGUGUUCGUGCCUUGCGUAGUUGCAUUCCAUCCGACAUCCAACCAUCCGAAUAAUCCAGAUACCCAGAAAUGUGGACCUAUAUGAUGGCUGCCGCCCGUGGAGAUCGUGUCAACACGAUGAUGUCCACCCGAAGAAGACCAGAAACCGAGUCACCAAAAUACGGCUACAACCUCUCCACCCGUCCCAUGUACCGCACCACUCGAUUUGUGGGUCCGGCCUCCUCGGCACCGGCCCAACUGCAGCUGCCCUGCGGCUCCCAUCAGACAUCAGUGGGCGUUACACCUCCGCCGCUGGAGGAGAUUAGCGGUGGGCUCUUUGCUCCCUUUGCGCCCACGGCGACGAUAACGGUUGAGCAGGCAGCCACCUCGAUACCGAUGUCAGUGAAUGGUGAGGGUGGCCUGGAGGUGCACCACCUCCACUAUCCACGCCGGAGCUGGCAUCGAAAAUAUAGCCGUGGGAAUCGCCGACAGACGGCGGAGAAUGCGGAGACCGACGAGGAGGACGAUGAUGAGGAUGGCUCGGAUGAUGAGGACGAUGAGCUGGCAGAACCCGUUGGCGAAGGCAAUCCGGAGGAGGCAAUAGCCCGGGCUGACCAGAAGCAGAAUCACCAUCAAAAGCAUCGCCAUCAACCGGAUGCCAGUGAUUGCGGUUAUGUGGAAAAUGGCAGAAAGCUGAUACAGGAGCCCAGUAAACGAAGCAAGCCCUCGGCUUUGAGGCGCACCCUGCAAGCUCUCCGCCAGCGUCUGACCAAAAGAAAUCGCCCCAAGCCGCCAGAUUGGUUUCUCGAGAAGUUCUCCAAUACCACGAACACGGACAAAAUUGGCAAGGGUUGUCCGGCCAUGGAGGAUGCGGCCCUUUCCAGCGAAAUACGCGGCUCCAGCGUCCUGUGCAACAGACUCUCCGUGGAUCCCACAUUGCAGUCGCACUACAGGUGGCUGGCUAUUGUUUCACUGGCGGUGCUUUAUAAUAUUAUUUUUGUGGUUGGACGGGCGGUCUUCUGGGAGAUCAACAAAAGUGCUCCGGCGGUGUGGUACACCUUGGACUACCUCUGCGACUUCAUCUAUCUGCUGGAUACGCUCGUCCACAUGCAUGAGGGAUUCCUGGACCAGGGCCUUCUUGUGCGGGAUGCUUUCCGGCUGCGCAGACACUACUUCCACACCAAGGGCUGGUACCUGGACGUCCUCUCGAUGGUGCCCACGGAUCUGGCCUACAUCUGGUGGCCGCCGGAGACCUGUUCCAGCCUCUAUCUUCCAUGUCCCGUGAUCGUUAGACUGAAUCGUCUGCUGCGAGUGAACCGGCUGUGGGAGUGGUUCGAUCGAACGGAGACUGCCACCGGAUACCCGAAUGCCUUCCGGAUCUGCAAAGUGGUGCUGGCCAUCUUGGUGUUGAUUCACUGGAAUGCCUGCAUGUACUUUGCCAUUAGCUACGAGAUUGGCUUCAGCUCCGACUCGUGGGUCUACAAUCUGAAUGGAACGAGAAACAAUACCCUUCAGCGGCAGUACAUCUACAGUUUUUAUUGGUCAACUUUGACCCUGACGACGAUUGGAGAGACGCCAACGCCGGAGAACGAUGUGGAGUACCUGUUCGUGGUGGCUGACUUUCUCGCCGGAGUUCUCAUCUUUGCCACCAUUGUGGGUAACAUCGGCUCCAUGAUCUCCAACAUGAAUGUGGCCAGGGUGGAGUUCCAGAACCGAAUGGACGGUGUAAAGCAGUACAUGGCAUUCCGGAGAGUCGGCCAUGAACUGGAAGCUCGAGUCAUCCGCUGGUUUGCGUACACGUGGUCCCAAAGCGGCGCCCUCGAUGAGGAGCGAGUGCUGGCCGCGUUGCCCGACAAGCUGAAGGCGGAGAUUGCCAUCCAAGUGCAUAUGGAUACCCUGAAACAGGUUCGCAUUUUCCACGACACGGAGCCUGGUCUGCUGGAGGCUCUGGUGCUGAAACUGAAGCUGCAGGUUUUCAGUCCCGGAGACUACAUUUGUCGCAAGGGUGACGUGGGCAAGGAGAUGUAUAUCGUGAAAAGAGGAAAACUCUCCGUGGUGGGAGACGAUGGCAUCACCGUUCUGGCCACUUUGGGAGCUGGCUCUGUGUUUGGCGAGGUCUCCGUCCUGGAGAUAGCCGGAAAUCGAACGGGCAAUCGCCGGACAGCCAAUGUCCGCUCCCUGGGCUACUCGGAUCUCUUCUGCUUAGCGAAAAGGGAUCUUUGGGAGACACUGGCCGAUUAUCCGGAGGCCAGAUCCACGCUAACCCAACGAGGAUGUCAGCUUCUCCGCAAAGAUGGACUUCUGGAUGAGCAGAUAUUCGCCGACUCCCAACGAGUUCAUGACAGCAUCGAGGGUGGAAUCGAGAAGCUGGAACUGUCGGUGGAGAACCUGAACAUGCGACUGGCGCGCCUUCUGGCGGAAUACACCGCCAGCCAGGCCAAGAUCAAGCAGCGGCUAGCCAAGCUGGAGAUGAACGGCGGCCCUGGCACUUGGCGUUUGGAGUGCGAGCCGCAGACGCGGGCCCGCAGCGGUCGCCUGUACUCGCUGCAGCCAAAGAGGCGCCCACGUUCCCGACCUGACGCGACUGCCAAAAGCGGCGAGGCUGCCAAGCAGAACACGCUCUAAGCCACUGGCCAGCCAAGCCCCAUAGAGGCCACCCCUUUCGCCUUCCGCCAGCCACCCCAGCCAAGGCCGGAAAAUAGUGAUAAAUGCAUUAAACUUGCAGGAGUUGUUGGGGGCGGGGGUAAUAACGAAACCCUUUGGCCCUGGGCCAAGUUUACUUGAAACUGUUUUUUCGGGCGGCCAGUUAAAUCAAUUUUUAAUUUUUACAAUUAGUUUGUAGUUGGGCCAGACGAAGGGGUCGGCGGGAAGGCGGAGGUCCUGUUUGUAGCAAACUUUAUAAAUUUGUAAAAUGAUUCAAAACUGAAUGUGCCUCAAAAGUGUGCGUGUGUGUGUAUGUGUAAGGGAUACUUUAAGGGAGGAACGGAGCGGAACGGAAGCCGGAAGGUCAGAUAAUUGGGAGCUAGAGGCCCAGCAAGAGUUAACCCACUACGAUCCAGUGUACAUAUUCUAAGCAUAGUCCAAUUUUACAAAUGAACAACAAAUGUUUGCCUAGGCUAGGACGAUUUUACACAUCCUUUACACAAGGAACAAACAAACAAUGAACUAAUUGCACAAAAUCGGAUCGACACAGUAAAUCAAAGUAACUAAGCUAAUAACUAAUAACAAGUAACUGACCAAGUACCGACGAUGACAUUGCUGAAAUACUUAGUUAAACGAGGAUAAACGGGGGAGAUUUAAAUAAAAAAUGUAAAUGAUGCACACCAAAAACCAAACAAAUCGAAUUCAAUGAAAGCAAAUGUUAACAAACCAAGCUUCCAAAGCUACCAAACCAACGCAAAAACAAACAAAAUCGAAACGUAAAGAAAAACAACAUGGAGGAGAAGCAAAAGAAAGAAAAACAAAAGAAAUGUAUUUUUAUAUUAGUCCUAGACAUUGAAUGUACCAUGUAUUGUAUAUGUGUAAGCAGAAUAAACGAGAAUUGAGUCAAA